AUGGGAACAGAGCUCGGCAGGCCUCGACGGCGGCCGCGCCGGCAGCUCGGGCUCGACGCCCCAGCGAAGGCGCAUCUGGCCCAGCGGAUCGCGGGCGUCGUGGCGCUCUCGCUGCAGCGGAACGGGCGAGAAACGGACAACGCUGCAGGGGGCAAGCAGGGGCUAUUGGCGUCGACGUUGCGUCUGGCGGAGCAGAACGUGGCCGACAUGACGGCGUUUCUGCGGCGGAGAGAGGCGGAGGCCGCAGCGAUCAUGGCGAUCCAAGAGCAGAGAGCCAAAGAGGCGACGCCCUGUUGCAGCGAAGGCGAGGAGCCCAACGUGUGCGUCAUUUGCCUCGAAGGGAGCGUGGUCGCUGGGGGGAACGCACGGAAGGACGAGAGGGCGGAAGCUCUGCCCUGUGGUCACGUGUUCCACGCUCGAUGCAUUGCCCAGUGGCUGCUCUAUCGACGGGUGUGUCCUGUGGACCGACGGCCAGUGGACUGA